CCAGUCUCUACCAAAAACAAGAUGGCGGAAGAUGAGCCACAUCGGGGAGUUUUAAAACUUUUACAAGCUGUUGUUCGUUGAAGCAUGUUCUGAAAAUGAAGCUGGUUGCGAAGAAUUUUGAAAAGGACAGUUCUGGGUAAGUAAUAAAUGACUUUUUUGCAACACAAUGAAUAUAUGUACAGCAAAUACAUAAGCCAGUUACUUAUGGCAUAGAGGAGGGGCAAGGGGGGUUCUCAUCAGGAGUUCACGAAGAACAAUUUAGCGUUUCACGAGUCACGAAACAAAUAUUUGCGUUUUGACGCUUCUCAAAAAUAGAGGUCGAACAAAAUGUCAAAAACGUUACAGUAAUCCAAUUUUGUAAAACAGAGUGCUUCAAUUGAUGGUUUUCACGGUGACGUCAUCAGAUUGCAAAGUCAAAAAAGCGAGGUUUUACGAAUUCUUUUUUACACUAGGUUGAAGAUUAAUAGGAAAUAAAUCUUUGUACAAGUUUCCAGCCCCGAAGCAUGUUUCAUUUCGAAAAUACAGCAGUUUGAACUUCCGAGUUUUCACGGUGCGUGACACCAAAAUAGGAAUGCUAUCUCCUUGAAAAAAGUCUCUCCGCUUGAUUUUCAGCAGUUUAACCAUUUCAAGUAUUAGAAGAUAUGUUUAUGCGCAAGUAUGCUAGUUCUCAAGUGAAAAGGAGGAGCUUUUAUAGAAAAAGUGAACUCCAGAUGUUUUUGUUGAUUUCUGGCGGCCAUAUUGGUGGACAGUUUCUGUCCACCAAUAUGGCGUCUCCAUACAAAGCUCUACAAAGGUGCGUGAAAUGUUUCGGCAACUAACUCAGAAACUGUGGGCCACAAAGACCUGAGAUUUGGACAAAUUGUUUAUAUAUUAGUCUUUUAUAACAUUUCAUUUUCUUGGCUUCUUCCACUUGACGGUUUCAAAUGUAUUUUUUUGUGCCGUGUUUAUUGCGUGACCGUGAAAACGAAGAAUUAUAUUUAAGAAAACAUAUUUAAGAUAAUAUUUCCAAUUAUAUUAAAGGUAACUGGAGUUUUACGAACCUCAUGAAAAACACUUGGCGGCUAUAAAUUUGCUCGGGAAGCCAGCUGUUGGUGGGUCUGAGCGCACUGAAGUGUGAAGUUACAUCAAAAGCCUUGAAAGGAAAGUUAAAUCAAGCCACCAGAUGCUAGUUAAGGCUGUUUGGCCUCAAUAUGUCAGGGUUCACAAAUGCGCCAAAUUUGGCGUAUUUAACACCAAAAUUGUUCAAAACCUUAAUUAAAUAAUCAAAAUUAAAGAAUUAUACUGCACGACAAAACAUGCCAGGAAGAGGGUAAAUCAAGAUUAAAUUUUACUCGAUGACCGCCAUCAUGGAUUUGAGCUUUCCAGGUCAGUGGACCGCCACAGCUACUUCGUGUACCCUCACGAUAGUGAAAAUGUUGUGGUUCAGUUUUAUCCUGGUUUAAAUUUUAUUUCCUUUUGUUUUGGGUAAUGGUAAUAUAUGAUAGUGAGUUUGAAACAAAAGAAAUUGAAAUUUAAACCAAGGAUAAAAUUGAACCACAACAUAUACGUGCCAGGACCACGUGCUGGAAAGUCUGAUACUUGACUCCAAAUAUUCCAAAAUGACUCCAAAAUUUGUUAAGCAGAAGUCACACUGACUUAACUCAUCAAUAAAAUUUGCAAACCCUGGUACAUUGACUUCAACAUAUGUGUAAAUAAUCAAGGAUUUUGACAGUUCAGGUUUCACAGAGUGCACUUCAAUCCCGAUGGUUUAUCAGUACAUCACGAUUCAUGAACACCAAAAAUGGUCGAUCACAGCAUCAAAAAAAUUAGCUUGCCCCCAUCGGCAAAGCUGUAUGGGGAUCUUACUGUAGUAUGCUCUUUACUAAACUUGAGAAAAUUCAUGUCCCUGCCGCACAAAUUACACAUAAAGAAGACUGGUUAACCCCCUCUGCACCAAUAGGUAUACAAGAACUUUUCCAAAAAUAUAACUGCAAAUAUGAUCUCAGAAAAAAAAAAUGUUUUAUCCUCCCCAAACGUACCUCAGACUUUCUAAUAAAACCAGUCAGCUCAACCAUGGAAUAGCCAGCCCAAUGAGCAAAACUUAGCCUCCUUCAAAGAGGUGCUUAAAAAAGUGAUAACCCAGAUGCAUAUUAUUUUAGAAAGAAAUGUGAAAAGCUGCCUGGUUCCAAACAAAAUGAUUUUGGUUUUGUUGGGGUUAAUCAGCAGUUGAUUUGAGUAGCAACACUUGGCAACAUGGCGGAGGUCUCCAGUGAUAUUUUCAAAAGAGAGGAAACAUGUCAAAGCAUCGUAAUUAUUCAUAUACCACUUUAUGGACUGGCCCACUGAUGGAUGGAUGGACUAGAUACUUUAUGGUCUGGCCUCAUGGAUGGACAUACAGACUGGAUACUUUAUGAAGUGGAUUAAGGACAGACAGACUAAAUACUUUAUGGAGUGGCCCUAUGGAGGGAAACACGGAAAGGAUACUUUAUGGACUGGCCUCACAGAGGGAAAGACAAACUGGAGACUUUAUGGAGUGGUUUACGGAUGGACAGACAGACUGGAAACUUGUACUUUAUGGACUGGCCCAUGUACAGAUGGGCUGAAUAUUAAUUUUGAUGGACUGGCCCACAAAUGGAACACCCCUCCAAGUUGCGACCAUUUUAGGGCGCUUUCCAAAAGUCAGAGCUGGCCGGUCAGACCAGACAUUUUGACAAUGAAAUAGGCUUUUUCUAUGAGAUUUUGCGGAAAAACCAUCUCCUUUGUGCGUAAAAUUUAGGAUUUGACGGAUCUGGAUGGUUAGUUUUGAUUAAAAGUGAAAUUCUCAUUGCGAUGGGAACGGGCUGGCCGGUCAGUUCUGACAAAUGGAAAGCGCCCUUAGUCACCAUGGUGCCUAAAAUUUUGAAGCUGGCAACUUGAUUUGUAAAAAAGUCUCCAAAUUAAAAGAAUUGGUCACUAAAGGGUGACCAAGAAAAAACUUUAACUUGGAGGGUUGUGGAAGGACUGACUGAAUACUUUAUGGACUGGCCUAACGGAUGGAUGGAUGGACUGGAUACUUAACUAUGGACUAGCCUCACAGAUAGACAGACAGACUAGAUACUUUAUGAUCUGGUUCACAGUUGGACGGACAGAUGGACCUUCCUUUUAAAUAUUUCUCACUAUCUGAGUAAAAAGAAGAAGAAGAACUCAGAGUGGGAGACAAUUGCAGGACAUCAACUGACAGAAAAUGCGAGAGAUAACGGAAAAAAUAUCACCUGUACCUCCAAGUACUAAUUUACUUCAUGUUGUAAUGUUAAAUUUUCAAUUUUUCUAGGUCUGUGGUACUUGUGCCGGAGGAGGCUGAAGAUAUGUGGCACGCUUAUAACCUGAUAGCUGUGGGGGAUCGGCUUAAAUCAACAACUAUUAGGUACAAUCAGAAAAUCAUGUGGUAGCUUGAUCGUCUUUUUGUAUUAGGGUAAACAAUGAAGAAUUAAUCCCCAUUGUACUUAUGAUAUUAUCAUGUGGUUAACUGAAAAAGGAUAACAUGAUUAAAUAUGGAAGUGUCAAUAACAACUACAGGGGUAAAUGGAGGCUCAAAUGGUGGCAGCUGGGUUUUGACUUCCCCUACUUCAUUUCAGACCUGAAUUAAUGGGUGAAUGAUAAAAAGCAUACUCAAUUCAAGGCCCUGAUUCCAGGAAGAAAUUUAGCCUGUGUACAGAAAAAAAAUCGGAGAAGGGGCGUCUGUGGUUCACCAUUACUAGUCGUUUAUGAGAAUAAUCUUGCAUAAAAUUAGAAAAAUAGUUUCCACCAACCACAAUUUCUGUGGCUCAUGUUUCAUGUCAUACUAGCUCUCAAAAUGCCGGUGCAUGCGACUUAUUUCCAUCAAGCAAUUGAGAGAGGGAGACAUUUUUAAAAUUGCUUUACUCUAUACCAAGCAAGAAAAAUGUUCUGACAAGCCCUUAUUGAAGGAAAAGAUCCAUGAUCUUAUGCAAGACUUCCUUAACCUGUAACAUAUAACUUCUCUAGGGGAGUACCUCCAAGGGAUCUCAAGGACCAGGUAGAGUAGUGUUAGGUAGGGUGUGUAAGAAAUUACGGGAUAAAAUGUUUGCUUAUAUUUAUUUUCUGUCAGACGUGUCCAAACUGAGUCUGCUACAGGAUCAGUGAGUAGCAACAAGGUUAGAACAACAUUGGCCAUAGCAGUGGAGGGCAUUGAGUUUGACACUCAGGCGUGCAUGUUAAGGAUCAAAGGACGUAAUGUAGAGGAAAACCAGUAUGUCAAGGUAAAGAAAAUAAAAUUAUCUAAUGAAUCAUAGACAUCUAGCAGGUUUAUCGAAGAGAUAUUGAAACUAUGUGCCACCUAAUAUUCCAAAAAUAUGACCAUCAUUAUCAAGGCAUAGGAACUCGAUGGAAAAUUCUGAUGAUGGUUUAAAAUUUCUCACUGUUGCUACUUCCACAAUAUUACUGAUGAUGAUUUUGUGUUUUCUUUAUCUUAGAAUUUGAUUUAGUCGCUGUAAUUUAAUCCCUUAGAAAUUACAUUUCUAAUUAGAUUGCUAAUACUGUGAGCGGUUUUUACAUGUUUUAAUGGACACCACUUGUUUUCACCUGGUUGGUGUACACUUUGGUUGUGGAAAUCACAAUUAGUUGUUUUUUCAGUAAGUAAAAUUAUUGAUAUUUGCAAUCACACAACUGAUAACCCGAUCAAACUUCUUCCUUUGUUCAAUAGAUGGGUGCCUACCAUACGAUAGACUUGGAAUUAAACAGAAAAUUCACACUUCUCAAAGAAUACUGGGAUUUGAUAGCCCUUGAAAGAGUAGGUGAGUACUCUACCACAAAAGUUGCCGUAAAACUCCUGCUUCAAGUGCUACAACUCUUCCUUGAAUACAGACUGUCUAACCAUCCCUAUCUUGUCAGUUUUCUGCUGAUUUUGCUCGAAAAUCCCUAAUCCCGACCAAUAUGCGAUCGGGCUAGGAAAAUUCUGGAUAAUGAGAUUUGCUCUGAUAUUUUCCAAUAAAUUCUUUUGAUACUUAUACUGGAACACCUAACAGAAUCUACUUAACUGAAACUGAUAUCCAGAAAUCUUUUAAAAUCCGCAAGAAAUAUAAAUAUAAUCGAGUACUUGUACAUGAAACCGCACAAACAUAAAUUAGCAUGAACAUGACAAUUGAUUUAACAAACAUUUUAGACAUUCUAAUCCGGUUCAGAAUUUCCUAUACCUCAUAGCCCUAAUCAUUCUUUGAAGACAAAAGACAAUUUUGUUUCAACUUCAGAAUGAACUUUAUCGUCAGCACAAACUUUUUCAUGCCUAAUCAGGGUAUGUAUUUUAGAAUUUUUUUUGUCCUAAACAGGGACAGGGUUUCAAACCCUUGGCAGCUUACCUACACCCAAACAUUGGUCAAGUAACCCCCCAUGUUACACUGUAGGAUUUAAGCAGUUUAGAUUUAGCCUAGAGACAACUUUAUUGGAAAUGAAUUUUAGUGUUUAGCAUAGAAAAUUGAUGAGCAUGUUUUUUCAGUCUCACAAUGGAAGGUCAAAGCUUAUUUUGUUCUUCAGUUCCCUUGAUUCUUUUUUUUAUUAUUGCUCUGAUGAAUGAAUAUGUUGUGUUUCAGAGAUGGCAUGUGAUCCAACACAGCAUGCUGAUCUGGGAGCCAUCUUGCUUCAUGAAGGUACCAAUGAUUUUUAUUUCAAGCUGUUUGGUGGUACAAAAUAUGCCUACCCACCCCAUUAGUGGAUGGUUGAUAACAAUUUCAAGGGGGAGGAGGAGAUCUAAGGCCAAAAUUUUUCAAGAAAAGUAUGAAGUUAAAGUAUAAUUUCUGGGUUGGGGUGGGGAGCGAAACUAAUAAUAAUACCAUCUACUGGGGGUAUGAAUAUUUUCUGGAUGAUUGUAUUAUUGUGAGAGGUUUAACCCAGGAGUCAUAUAUUACAUAACUAGGUUGAGUAUGAUCGUCCGAGUGGAAGUAGUCCUGAAUAGUACUGUUGUUUUUGACACUGACAGACUGGUAUUGUGUACUAAACGAACAAUGUCAUUAAGAAUUCUCUUAACUAUAACCUCCUUUUUCAGCUAAUUUCCAUUGUUGUUGUUGUUAAGGUUUAGGUCACAUUAUGUUGGUUACCUCAAGCAUGACAAUAGUACGAGCCAAGAUUGAUAUGAACAUACCAAGAAAAAGGAAAGGCUUCUGCAGCCAACAUGACAAGGUCAGUUGAAUUUUACUUUGUGUUUAAUCUCGAUGGUAAUCUGAAAUGUCUCUAAUGCAGCAGCAUCACACCAAAUACUGUGGACCCAUAACAUUUCCUUUCCCUUCAUGAAAGAUACACCACAACACCAGGAUGUAUUUGCCCUCUCUUUCUGAACAGCAGUCUGUUCCUUUAUGUCCCCUAUGAUAUGAUAAGGAGGCCAAGGAUAGAGGAGACCAGGCCAAUGGCUUUACAUCACAGGGCUUUCAUUAAGAAUUCUAGUAGCAGCAGAAAUGUGUAACAUUACAGGAGAAUAUUUUAAAAGAGGCUUGGUGUCUGAAUAAAAAAUAGUCAUAGGCUUUUGAACAUUAGCCAUAGAAUUCUGCGUAGUAAAUAGAUCUCCAAUGCCUAAUGAAUACCCUGGGUCACUGUGUAAUGACAUCAUAAGCUGAACUGAUACAUGAUCUAAUUGACAGUCAUGAUCUAGUUAGAUUUUUGAAAUCCCUGUUUUGUGGUCCAGCCAGUGUUUUGAAACCUCAGGUGACCCAACAGCAGACUAGCCUCCCACGACAUUCUCGUGUUCCUGCCCCACGAACAUUGGGGAGGAUAUUUGUGUUAUGAGCCAAAAGGAUGUCUGGAGACUAACAGCAGACCUGCACUCUUUCAACUGAACUGAAAGGGUGGCUCAGUCAGGGUCAGGCUCAGCAGUGGCCAAUGUGUAAAGAAAACAUUUUCCACUUAUUUCAUUUCACUCAGAGGAAAAUUACACUUUUAACCAACGUUUGGCUUUGCCCUGACGUGUUGCCAACUGAAAAAGGGAAAAAUAUAGCUUUCCUUCCCCCACCCCCUCAUUGCAAGUUUUGCCUGAGUUUCUGCCACCUGUAGAUAGCAACAAACACCCCAACUUUAAAUGGAGGGGAGGGUUGUGGAUUGUUUUGUUCUCUGAAGGAAUCCCCAUCUGUUGCCAGUUGUAGAAAUUGACAUGAGUUUCUGCAAUUUUUUUUUUUUACAUAAUUAUGUGUAUUGAGUAGACACCUCCAAUUUUAAAAGUGGACACCAGUGACCAAGGGUCCUAUGGUUUCUUUACUUAAUACAGAUUACAAUGAAUACUCGUUUCCCUAAAAGUUCUAAAGUGUAAUUUCUUUUGCAGGGUUUACUCAGGUUUUAUGAUGCUAUAAUACAAGGUGUGCUCAGACAUAUAAACUUUGAUGGUAAGUUGAGUCUGUAAUAUGCAGAUAGUAUAUUUAGAUUUUUGCUCACUUCUGUUGACAUGGUUAAUAUUACUGCCAAAAGAAACAAAACUCUUAACUCUUUUUCCCUUCAUGUUAUUACUUAAGUUUCAUGACAUGAUUUCCCUUUGUUUUUCUUUAUUGCUUUGUCCCUCCCUUGGCAAAGCUAAUGGAAAGAAAUAAUAAAAAAAUACAUAAAACUGCAUGUCACAUUCCCAUGAUGAAUAAUCAAGGUGUUUGAAAGAAACAGUUUUCUAGAGAAACAUCACAUCAUGUUCUGCAAUGAAAAACCAGAGAUCAGUCUAAAGAGGUCUGUUCAUCUUGACAGUGAAUCUGGGUCUGUUUGAUUUCUCUAAGUGGAAAGACCUGUUCUUUUUCCCAGAUGGAAUGUUGUUUCUUGUGUUAAAACUGUCAAAACCAAUUACCUCAGAUUGUACAAAAAUGUGAUUAUCAAGGGCACAAGAUUAACAUUAAUGUUAGUGUGGAGGAAAAUUUUUGUCCCUUAUUCAGUUCCUGGAGUUUUUCUUUGCAGUUGUAAAGUGUGUUCUUGUUGCAAGUCCUGGCUUUGUUAAGGUUUGUAUUUAAUUUGUUGCUAAAAUUGCUCAUUUUCAACAUUUAGCUGGUAAACUACCGUUGUCAAGACGUCUUGGAACACUUGAGGAAAAAAGGUGCGAAGAUGCACUUUGCUAAAUUAACUAGUAUUCUAUGUCUUACAAAAGCAGGGGAAUGUUUUUUAUUAACCCUUCAGGUAAGGGCCUAUUCCUGCUGUCCCCCGCUCCCCCAAGUAAUGUUGUUUGUGUUGAAAAAUCUUGACUUGAAUGCAUAACAUCAACACUGCAUCAGUGGGAGGGGGUAGGGAAAUUGCAUCAUCUUGACAAGCUAUUGCUUUAGUGUCUCAAGAGUUUUGACCAGUGUGGUAAGGCUAAGUGCAGAUUUCAGCUUCACUCGUGAAUUGUUAUGUGAUCCAAAGUAUUUUGAUGUAUCUGUCCUGCAACCAUACAUGUAGUAGGACAGAACUUUUGGAGCUUCAAAUAAUUUAUUUUGUUAGUUCAUUGCAUAAAAUGUCAGUGUGUAUUUUAUUGCAGUGGGAAAUUUUUUUUCAUGUAGUUCAGAAACAAGUUGUUCUUUUUUUCCUACAAUCUUCUAUAAAAGCCUGAAGAUAUUUUUUCCAGACCCUUCCCCCACUGCACAUCUCACACUCCACACCCACCUUUCCCUUACCCUUGCUCACCUGAAAAACAUAAUCCCUGUUAUAAGUAACCAUGGCAACUCAUAUACUCUGUUUACAACUAACCUUCUGUGGAGCAUUUUCACUCAUCUGUGGAGCAUUUUCCUUCAUGUGGCCAGGAUCUAUGCAAAUUUAUUGGAACGAAAGAAAGCGUUUAAAUAAGAAAAGAGUUCAACUCCCACAGGAUUGUCUUGGUACACCAACAUGGCCGCCGUUUCAUUGCUUUGGAACACCAAUAUGGCCACCAUGAUGUCAUGUGAAAACGCUCUAUAAAUGCACUGAACCCUUUAAUACAACUUGGCCCAGGUGUUUAACCACAACUUUCUUUUGACCAUUCCAGGAACAGUUUUGUGAUUACAUGUUUCAACAAGCAAUAAAAAAUGAGUGGAAGGCAAUCACUGAGAAUAAAUCCAAGUUUAUUUUGGUAAGUCAGAAAGCAUGAAAUAAAGGUAAAAUAUUGUUAUUGGAUUCUUUGUCUGAUUGUGUAUCUAACAAUUAUUCCUCGAGCCCGAAUGGGCUCUGAGUCAAUAGCCCAUGAGGCCAAAGGCCUGAUGGGCUAUUGACUCAGAGGCCAUGAGGGCGAGAGGAAUAAAUUUUUUUAGUAAAAUCGAACCAGUUGGUCAAAAAUAUUGAUAAUAAAAAGAAUUUAGCUAGUUAAAGCUAGACUUUAAUCCUUUUUUGCCGCCAAAAGUGCACACUUUUCGCUACUAGUAGGAGAUAACAUAUAGCCUAGUAGUAGCUAAACCAAUCAGAAUGCAGCAUUGAUAAUAGACCACAUGUUAAAUUUUACUAAUUAUAGAUAUUUCUUAGUUUUUUGCCUUUUAUUAUAGUUGUAUAGGUAGUUGCAAGGCGAGUGCUACAAAUUUUAUAUACUUUUAUUAACUUUAUUAGUUAUUUAGUUAUUGUAUCUAACCCAACUUACAGUUAAUUUAUGGCAUUGCAAUAAUUAUUACUAUAAUAAAAUGGCGGUUGUGUUUUAUUUCAAUCUAGGUCCAUUCUUCUUCAGGUCAUAAACAUACCCUUAAAGGUGCGCAAUAUGUACUAAAUGAUUAGAAAAUUCUUUUCAAAUUGUCAUUACGCGUGUAUAUCUGGCAUGUUUCCUUGUAGACUUGUAAGGGUUGUACUUUGAGUUGUUGCCCACAGCAGCACUUUUCAAUGCAUAACUCAAAAGCUGUGAAAAAACAGGGACCUUGUUUCUCUAGGAGGAUAGCCUGCACAAGUGGUGCGAAUUUAUCCAUGUGUGACUGCUUCAUUCCAUGGGCACUUUAGCUUGCUUUAAAGUCACAAGAAGAAUGGGGAUGAAUCAAUUGGAAAUCCCUUGGGAUUUUCUGUCAUCUAGUCAUGCAUAACCUAAAAGCACCAACCAACUCUGAUCCCGCCAGCUGCGUAAACUACUGUGAUGGCAAUUAAAGAGGUCUAUUGCAUAUGUCCAUACACAGAAGAGAACCUAAAGUCUAAGUACCACCAUCUGUAGCUGUACAAUGUCUCAAUAUGAAGCACCCUGUCUGAACUCGUUGAUCUUCUAAGGGAACAUAAAAGCAAUGUUCACCAACUCUCACAACCAACCAGAACCCUCACAACUAGCAUAUACAUUUUUUUUAUUUAUUUACAGAAGUUCUUGCUGAUCCUGCUGUUACUGCCAGGUUAGCAGACACAAAGGUAAAUAGUAGAGACAGGAAAAUGUUUUCUGUCCGCAGGUCCAAUGAAUUCAUAAGCAAUGGCCUGAGUGAGACUUAAGCUUUCGAUUCCAUCAUGGAUGUGUAUGUCGAUAAAUUUCUAUCCAGGGAGAGAAUUAAGUAACUCUUUCUUCUCUAAUAAUUCCUAGAUAGUUUAUGUGUAGUUUUCCUACCCUUUUCUAUUCUUCAACUCAUGAAAUUGACACCCUUUUAUAUACUGCCAGCCUGAAAAAAAAAGGACAGUCAAACCCCAUUGUUAUGGACAUCGAGGGGACCCUAGUGUCCAUAAUAAUGGGGUGUCCGUAUUAAGCGAGUUCAGUUUAGAGAAAAUGUGAGGAAUUGCUUUCCUCAGGAACAAGGAAAGUGUCUGUAAUAAUGAGGUGUCCAUAUUGAGUGUGUGUCCGUAAAGCGGGUUUCCACUGUACCCCUUUCCGGUGGAGCAUUCCCUGAUAGUCUCUUAUACAUAAGCAGGCUAGAUACAAGGAGGGUCAGAAAAUGAAUAGCCUUUUUUAUUUUACAUGCCAUAGGCAGCAGGUGAAGUCAAGGCAUUGGACACUUUCUUUACGAUGCUGCAAACAGAGCCAGAUAGAGCAUAUUAUGGGUAUGUACAUUAUUUCUUGCUUGGAUAGCAUGCUACUUGAUACUUGCCUUCUGACAGCUGUAGAUAUAUACCCUGUUUAUAGGAAACUCAUCCUAACCAACAACCAACCGAUUAUGCAGUAUUUACAGGUGUUAUUUAGCAAGUAGAACAUGAAGCAAGCUUUCAACGUGCCACAUCACGGUUCAUUGUUCACGAUUCACGCUUGGGAAGCAAGGGUUGUGCAGUGGUGAGGGCACUCGCCUCCCACCCAGGGUUCUAUCUAGGAUAUUUGAGAGGUAGAAGCUUCCCCCCCAAAAUUCCAGGCUUCCCCCCCUCAAAAAAAAUAUUGCUAUCAUUACCAGUAUAUAAGUAACUAUAUCGGAAAAAUCAUCCAGAAGUGUCAAGGUCAGUGCUUAUAAUGAGUUUUAAUAAACUCAUUAUUAUUCCCCUGUUCUCCUUGUUCCCCUUGUUUCUUUUUCCCCCUGUUCUGCUAUUCCCCUUGUUCCCCCUGUCCUCCUGGUCCUCCUGUUCCACUGUUCCCAUUGUUCCCCUUGUUUUCCCUGUUCCUCUUGUUCCCUUGUUAACCCUGUUCCCCUUUUCUCCCUGUUCCCUUGUUCCCCUGUUCCCCCUGUUCUGCCUGUUCCCUUAUUCCCUUUGUUUUCCCUGUUCCCCUGUUCCACCUAUUCCCCUUGUUCUCCCUGUUCUCCCUGUUACCCUUGUUCCUCUGUUCACCUGUUCCUCCUGUUCUCCUAGUUCCCCUAUUCCCCCUAUUCCCCAUUUCCCUUUUCCCCUUGUUCCUCUGUUCCCCUGUUCCUCUUGUCCCCCUAUUCACCUGUUCCCCCUGUUCUUCCUGUUCCCUUGUUCCCUUUGUUUUCCCUGUUCCCCUGUUCCUCCUAUUCCCCUUGUUCUUCCUGUUCUCCCUGUUACCCUUGUUACUCUGUUUCCCUGUUCUCCCUGUUCCCCUGUUGUUCCGUUUCCCUGUUCCAUUGUUCCUCCUGACCCCCCCUGUUUCCUCCUUUUCCUUUGUUCCUCCUGUUCACCUGUGCCAUCAGAACUCCUUGUUCCCCUAUUUCCCCCUGUUCCCCAUUUCCCCUGUUCACCUGUUCCUCUGACCCCCUUUUCCCCUUGUUCCACCUUUUCCCCCUGAUCACCUGUCCUCCUGUUUUCCUUGUUCCUCUGUUCCCUUGUUUCUCCUGUUUUUCGCGUCUCCUCUCUCGCGUGCCUCUCGCGCGUCUAUUUUUCAUGAUAUCUCCCAAAUGAAGAGCUUGCUCGGAGGCUACACAUUACAUUUCUUGAUACACUUUACAAUUACAUGGUAUGCCAAAUUUUUAGAUGUUUUUGUUUGGUAUAUCUUUAGCAUUAAUCACGUGGAAAAGGCCAACGAAGCAAUUGCUGUAGAAACACUUCUUGUCACUGAUGAACUUUUUAGGUGAGAGAAACAUUAGGGCCAUUUAUACGAGGAAAAAUAAGACGCGAACUUUCCGUGUAAACGGCACAUUUCGUCUAAAAUAAGACUCGGCUUAGCUAAGACGCGUCUUAUUUUAGAACAGCCCUUAACACCUGUUCUUAGAUAACACGCGUCUUCACGCAUGUGGUACCGUAAAUGACCUAAUAAACACCCGGGGCGUCUACUCCCCGCUCGCACUCUGCGCUCGUUCCCAUCAUCCCCCUCUUGCUCUUGUCCCUUGUCUCCAACUCUCACGCUUGUUGCUUGUUCCGUGCUCCCCAUACCCUGGGUACCAGAGGUUUUUCUCGCUUGUGGCGGGAAUUUUCGGUGUUGGCCGAAGGCUGACACAUCUCCGGCUGUAGGCCGAAGCCACGAGCGGCGGAGCCGCGAGAAAAACGCGCGGUCACUAUAAAGACUUGACAGAAAUCGGAAACCGCGCUAGAAAAGUCUCUGGCACCCAGGGUAUGCUCCCCACUAAGGUCUGGGAAAGCCUUUGGAGGAAGCAGACACCAAACGCUUCGAUUAAUGUCUCACAGGCUCAAAAGUUAGAAAUAAAAGUUGCUUUAGAAUUACUGGAAAAUUGCUUUAAUCCUCUCUCGCAAAUACCUGAAGAAAGGACAUCACUAAAUAAUGAUGUGGUAAAAGUCGUGCUUACUCUUAUUAGUAUCGCUGACUGAAAACUUAGUUCUCUGUUUUCCUUAGGUCAACAGACUUACCCACGCGCAAACGAUACGUCAAACUUGUUGAAAGCGUUAAAGAAAAUGGCGGGGAUGUCAGGUAACAAAAUGUCAUGAUUUCUUUCAGUUUUAGGAUGGUUUUCAACUGGCCCUUUUGCUUGACACGUGCUCGGUUUUGUGUUGAAUUUGCCUAUGGAAGUGUUUUGUAUUACCCUAGUUUACUGCGCAAGCCCGUAACAACCAAUCAAAUGUUACGCUAACCAGAUGCAAUAGCGUCACCCGAAACAGUCCCAUGAUGCAAUCUGACACAAGACUGACCCAGUCCCACGCAACCUAGUAACAACUUGUCAAACAAGUGAUAGCGUCACCCAAAACAGUCCCAUUAUCCCAUGAUACAAUCCCACACAAUACCGACUCAGUCUCACAUGCAACCUCUACACUGAAUCUUUCCCUAUUUCUCGCUCUCGCAUCUUUCGCGUGCCGCCUACGCGUGACCUCUCACGAUAUUCCUUAAUUUGAGAGCUAAUUGCUGGCGGGCAAAGUGAUCAGAUGUAAACAUUACUUCAGCAACCGUAGCGAUUGUACCGAUUAUGUUACACUUGACCAGAAGGCGACUUUUUACUGAUUAUGAAAGGCGGAGGUGACUCAAUAUAAUCGACCUGAACUAGUUUAAAACUAAGCAGCUGGCACUGGGUAAAGGCUAUUUAAAGCCUUUUAAUCCUUGGUGUUUGCUGGGUAAAUUAGACUCGCGUUUGUUGUUGUUGUUGUUGUUGUUCUUAUCAUGUUGUUGGCGGUUUUGUUUCAAUCUUCCAGGGUGUUUUCAAGUCUGCAUGUUUCAGGAGAACGUAAGUACAUCCUCUGCAUUAAAGAUAAAACAGAUCUUUUAAUACUUUCAUUGCAAAGCAAUUGGGAUUUUGUUUUGGAAAAACAGGGAUUUGAAAAUAAAAUACUCGCAUGCAGCAGUAAGUGGCCGCCUGCCCUUCCCCUAACCCAACAUUUUGCUUUAAAUAAGAAGCUAACGUUGCGUUUAACCUCCUUGACAUGGAUUUUUCCAAUUUUCUAAGUGAGAAAGCCCUGGGAACGAGGUUGAGUUAGGGGAGGGGUAGGCGGGUAGUUUCUCAGAAUCUUGUAUCACUUAAAGUAGGUUUCCUCGUCAGAAUAAUGGCACGAACUAUUUGAUUUUCCAGUAGUAAUAUCCUGUUACCCUAUGGAAAUACUAAGUAUCCCAGUUCUUUAACUGACUUUAACGGCUUUCUCUUGGCUUUAGUGUGACUUGAACAAAAAAUAUUUCUUUGAAUGAAACGUGAUUUUCCUUUUUCUCUGUUUUUGUUUGUUUGUUUUUAGAGCUUGGGCAGUUGUCGGGUGUUGCAGCCAUAUUACGAUUUCCAAUGCCAGACAUCGCUAAUGAUGAGGACUCGGCAGAGGAGUCUGAAGAAGACUAA